UCCUCCCUCCCCUCCGCCCCAUCUCGCCCAGAAGGGGGACGGGCGGAGUUCCAGGCUCGGGGCUGGUUCGUUCUGCGGCCCAGGAUUCUAUUUACAAGCAAACUGCCUCACCCUCGCCAGAUUGUCCACCUCGGCGCUGGCACCGGGGGCUUGUGUUCCAAAUCACCGUGUUUCCCUGCACCUGCCUUUCAGGUUACCUCUGGGAAUCUGUGGGAGGAGCUGACAGGGUGGCCAGGGUAGCUUUGUUUUGCAAAAGGAAGAAAACUUUGUCACCCAGAGGGAGACCUCUGCCACGCGUAACCCGGAGAGAGACCAGAACCAGGACAACCUUGGCUUUGAGUUUUUAUCGAUGAGCCCGUAAGGAGGAAGAGGACACGUGAACUCGGCGCACACGCCGACCGCCAUCCGCCCCGGUGGCGGCGGCCGGAGGUACCUGCGCCACCUUCCCUCCCCGCGGAAGUCCCCGCGCGGUGUCUCCGCGGUGCAAGGGGAACCAUCCGGAGCGCGCGGCUCGAGGCCGACCGCGGGGGCCGCGCUGGAAAGGAGAGGACCGAGCUGCGGGAACGAGUUACCCGGAAUUAACUUCUAGUUAAAGUUAUGGGAAGCGCGGCCAUGGACACCAAGAAGAAGAAAGAGGUUUCCAGCCCGGGCGGGAGCAGCGGCAAAAAAAAUCCCAGCCAGAAGAGGCGUUCGCUGCGGGUGCACAUCCCGGACCUGAGUUCCUUUGCCAUGCCCCUCCUGGACGGAGACCUGGAGAGCUCAGAAAAGCAUGCUUCUCGUAAGGUGGACAGCCCCUGCGGCUCUGGCAGCCCCUCCAAAGGGUUCUUCUCGCGAGGCCCCCAGCACCAGCCCUCCAGCCCCAUGUCUGCUCCCGGGAGGCCCAAGACCAGCCCUGGCUCCCCCAAAACCGUGUUCCCGUUUUCCUAUCAGGAGUCCCCGCCGCGCUCCCCACGCCGCAUGAGCUUCAGCGGGAUCUUUCGCUCCUCAUCCAAAGAGUCCUCCCCCAACUCCAACCCGUCUACCUCGCCCGGGGGCAUCAGGUUCUUCUCCCGCUCCAGAAAAACCUCCGGCCUCUCCUCCUCUCCGUCGACACCCACCCAAGUGGCCAAGCAGCACACGUUUCCUCUCGAAUCCUACAAGCAUGAGCCUGAGCGGCUGGAAAAUCGCAUCUAUGCCUCCACCUCCCCUCCGGACACGGGCCAGAGGUACUGCCCAUCCUCCUUCCAGAGCCCGGCCAGGCCUCCGGCGGCCUCACCCACACACCUCGCUUCCUCCAGAGCCGCGGCGCUGGCGGCGGCCCCGGGACCCGCGGAAGCCGGCAUGCUGGAGAAAUUCGAGUUGGAAGAAGAAGCAGAAGACUCGGAAAGUGGCGUCUACAUGCGCUUCAUGAGGUCACACAAGUGUUACGACAUCGUUCCCACCAGUUCAAAGCUUGUGGUGUUUGACACAACGUUACAAGUGAAAAAGGCCUUCUUUGCCUUGGUGGCCAAUGGUGUGCGCGCAGCGCCGCUGUGGGAGAGUAAGAAGCAGAGUUUUGUAGGAAUGCUGACAAUUACAGAUUUCAUAAAUAUACUACAUAGAUACUAUAAGUCACCCAUGGUACAGAUUUAUGAAUUAGAGGAACAUAAGAUUGAAACAUGGAGGGAGCUUUAUUUACAAGAAACAUUUAAGCCUUUAGUGAAUAUAUCUCCAGAUGCAAGCCUCUUCGAUGCUGUAUACUCGUUGAUCAAAAAUAAAAUCCACAGAUUGCCAGUUAUUGACCCUAUCAGUGGGAAUGCACUUUAUAUACUUACCCACAAAAGAAUCCUCAAGUUCCUCCAGCUUUUUAUGUCGGAUAUGCCAAAGCCUGCCUUCAUGAAGCAGAACCUGGACGCCCUGGGGAUCGGGACCUACCACAACAUCGCCUUCAUCCACCCGGACACGCCCAUCAUUAAAGCCUUGAACGUCUUCGUAGAAAGACGGGUGUCGGCCCUGCCUGUGGUGGAUGAAUCAGGAAAAGUUGUAGAUAUUUAUUCCAAAUUUGAUGUCAUUAACCUUGCUGCUGAGAAGACGUACAACAACCUAGACAUCACGGUGACCCAAGCCCUUCAGCACCGCUCACAGUACUUCGAGGGUGUUGUGAAGUGCAGUAAGCUGGAAGUCCUGGAGACCAUCGUGGACAGGAUAGUGCGGGCCGAGGUGCAUCGGCUGGUGGUAGUCAACGAAGCAGAUAGCAUCGUGGGUAUUAUUUCCCUGUCGGACAUCCUGCAGGCCCUGAUACUCACUCCCGCAGGUGCCAAACAAAAGGAGACAGAAACAGAAUGACCGCUGUGAGCCGAGGAGCCCUCGUGGGAGAACUUGAGCAAAGAUUCCGGGUCACGCUUUGCCUCACGCACACAGACCGUGACCGAGACCGUCAGAUGGCUGAGGACGUAUAUCAGGGUUUAGUGAUGGGUAUUUUUUUUUCCAGUGGUGUUGAAAACGGAGCAUAAGAAACCGAUUUUGUGUGUGUGAAGAUUCCGGCUUGCAUUAAAAGACUGCUCUCAGACCCUCGUCUGAGCGAUUUCAAACGCUGUAUGUUAUUAAAGUGCACUGUGUCCUGAAGUUUUUAUUUUUCAUUUCAAAGAACUCACCACUCUGGAACAGGGAAUCAGACAUAAGGCGAGUGCAGGGCCUCUCAGACCUAGUGCCUUAUGUCAGGACACGUGAUCUGUCAUCACUGCUGCCCAGGACAGCUGGAGCUACACGGUGCUGGGGCGCGACAGUCUCUGGACCUUCACCAAAUCAGUUCUGUUUUCCUUAGAUUUGUCAAACCGCUGUGAUUUGGAUAUAAAUAAUUACUUUAUAAAACUUUUAACGGCAGUUUUCUGUUCAAGUGUCUGUUCCCAACUACAGUGUAAACAAAACCGCUUGAUGACAGCUUUAUUUAUUUUUAUUCUCAUGCAGUUUUUUUGUUUUUUUUGUUUUUUUUUUUUUUUACACAUCUUGGUGGCUAAGCCUCUCCCUGCCCAUUAAUAAACCACCGGCGGUUAUUUUUAAAUGGC